UUACGGGAAGCCAUUUUUAUUUAGUGUCUGCCUUUCAUCCGGUACACGCGGUAUACUUAUACUGUCAGGAAAUUAAUAAAUUCUGAUUUUAUAGUGCAUUUUUUGGGCUUCCUAGUGUUGUUAAUGCUAAAAAAGUGAUUCAACUAUUUCGACGCAAUGGCAAGAUAUGGGCAAAGACCCGAAAACGCCCUGAAAAGGGCAAAUGAAUUCAUCGAAGUCGGUAAACCGGCAAGAGCUUUAGAUACUCUUCAAGAAGUCUUCCGCAAUAAAAAAUGGACAUACAGCUGGUCCGAAUCGGUUCUCGAACCGAUUAUGUUCAAAUAUCUAGAUCUUUGUGUGGAAUUGAAAAAGUCUCACAUUGCCAAGGAGGGUCUAUUUCAAUAUCGAAACAUGUUUCAAUCGGUCAAUGUUGGAAGUUUAGAAAAUGUGAUUCGUGGUUAUCUCCGAAUGGCUGAAGAGAAAACGGAUGCUGCAAGAAAACAAAGUCAACAAGCCGUUAUUGAUAUUGAUGAUCUCGACAAUCUCGCUACACCCGAAAGCAUAUUACUCUCGGCAGUGAGCGGUGAAGAUGCACAAGAUCGAAGUGAUCGCACCAUUUUAACACCAUGGGUGAAAUUUCUCUGGGAAUCCUACUGCCAAUGUUUAGAAUUAUUGAGAACAAAUGCUCAUGUUGAGACACUCUACCACGAUAUUGCACGUAUGGCUUUUCAAUUUUGUCUCGAGUACAACCGUAAGACUGAAUUCCGUAAACUUUGUGAGAAAUUGCGUAAACAUUUGGAGGACAUUUGCAAACUCCCACAACUUGUAUCGAAUGUGUCAAUAAAUAAGGCUGAGACACAACAACUUAAUCUCGAGACACGUUUGAAUCAACUCGAUUCAGCAAUUCAAAUGGAACUUUGGCAAGAAGCAUACAAAGCCAUUGAAGAUAUUCACGGUCUGAUGAAUCUGUCAAAAAAGAUGCCAGUCCCAAAAACAAUGGCUAAUUAUUAUCAAAAACUUGCCAUGGUCUUUUGGAAAGCCGGUAAUUAUUUGUUCCAUGCAGCAGCUUUAUUGAAACUUUUACAAUUGUCACGUGACAUGAAGAAGAAUAUGUCCUCGGAGGAACAGCAACGUCUUGCAAAUCGUGUUUUAUUAGCCGCACUCUCCAUUCCAUUACCUUCUGCUCAUCCUGAAUUCGAUCGUUUCAUCGAGACUGACAAGAGUCCACAGGAGAAAGCUCAAAAACUUGCAGUUCUCUUGGGUCUCAAUCAACCACCAACGCGUGUAUCUCUUCUAAAAGAUAUCGUUCGUUUGAAUGUUAUCAAUCUUGUAUCGCCACAAUUACAAAACUUACAUUCUUGGUUGGAAGUUGAAUUUCAUCCCCUCGAGCUUUGCGGUCGUGUUGACACAGUUAUUCAAACUCUUCAGGCCGAUGAGACUAAUCCUCUCGCUCAAUAUGUUCCUGCACUUCAAGACGUGACUCUCGUUCGUCUUGUGCAUCAGGUCUCACAAGUUUAUCAAACGAUUCAACUUUCUCGUUUAUUGGAACUUGCCAAAUUCACCACCGAUUUUCAUUUGGAGCGUCUUCUUGUUGAUUGUGUACGUUACAAUGACAUGCAAAUUAGAAUUGAUCAUCGAAUGACGUGCAUUCACUUUGGCGUUGAUUUGUCCGAGGCACAAAGGGAAGAUCAUCCAGAUGGUCCUAUUCUUCAGGCAAUGCCAUCGGAACAAAUUCGUUGUCAAUUAGUGAAUAUGGCCAAGGUAUUGCAUCGUUCCAUCAAUGUUAUUAAUCCCAAUAAGAAGAAACAGGAGCGCGAGAAAUUGCGCAACGCCAUGGUGAAUCAUUAUCAUGAAACCAAAAUGAAGGAACACCAGAGAAUUUUGGGAAGACACAAGAUUAUUGAAGAACGAAAAGAAUAUAUCGAACAUAUUAAUACAGUUCGUGAGGAAGAGGAAUUAAGACGUCAGGAGGAGGCGCAACGAGCAUUGAUGCUCGCCGAACAAAAACGUCUCGAGCAGGAGCGUGAAGAGAGAGAACGAAAACGUCAUCAAAGUGAAAUUCAACAAAUUAAGGAUCGUCAUCUAAAGGAGAAAAUGCAACAAAUUUCUCAAACAAGUCAUGGGCAAAAGGUGCUUAAGAAACUUGAUGAAGAUGAAAUAAAGAAAUUGGACGCCGAACAAAUAGCAGCGCGCGAAGCCGAAGAAUUGCAAAAGGAACGAAGGGAAAUGCAACAAAAAUUGAAAUCUCAAGAGAAGAAGGUGGAUUAUUUGGAGCGUGCCAAACGAAUUGAGGAAAUUCCACUUUUGAAGAAAGCCAUGGAGGAUAAAUUGGAAUUGGCGAAACAAAGAUGGGAACAACAGGAAGAGGAGAGAAUUCAAAUUGCCAUUGAGGAACGUCAACAGGCUGUCGCUACAAAAGAACGUAUGGCACGAAUGAAAGAAGAUCACGAUAUAUUCUUGGAGAAAAUUCUCGCCGAACGAAGAAGUAUUUAUCAUGAGAAAUUGCGUGAAUUUGAGAAGAAAUUAAAUGAAGCUCGCGCUAGAAAGCUAUUGGAACGAAAGGUACAAAGAAAGGCGGAAAGAAAAGUGCAAUGGGAGAAAGAAAGAGCGGAAGCUGCGGAACGUAAACGUCAAGAGGAAUUGAGAAUCAGAGAGGAGGAAGAGAGGAAACGAUUAGAGGAAGAACGUGCACAGAGAGAGGAAGAGGAGAGGAAACAACGUGAAGAGAGAGAAGCUAUUGAAGCCGAGAGAUUGGCAAAAUUAAAUCAAAUGGCAGAAAUCACCAAGGCUAAAAAUGAAGAGAUUGAACGAAAAUUGGAGGAACAAAAACAAAAGGAAAGGGAGAAUAUGAGGGAGAAACCAGAUCCAUGGAGAAGUGGUGGUGGUAGGUUUGAAAGAAGCGAUAGAAAUGAAAGAAGUGACAGAAAUGAUAAAUACGAGAGAAGUGACACCAAAUCAACGGAAUCCUGGCGAAGAGCUGUUCCAAAAGAAAAUGAUGAUGAUGGUCCUAAACGGGAUACUGUUCGGGACGAUGAUGACAGAAGGAAAAAGGAAAUAUCACGUGAUGACAGUGAUAAACGCUUCCAAAAGAGAGACUUUAGCAAAUUGUCUAGCGGCGGUGGCGGAGGAUCAUGGCGCGAUAUGCCGCCACGUGGCGGAAGAACAGAUGAUCGUGACGAUCGUCAAAGAAAUACGGAUCGUGACAACCGAGAUGAACGUCCACGACCUGAUCGUCGUCCUUAUGAAGAAUCAUCGCGAGGUGGAAGUGGUGGUGGCGGAAGCAGUUGGAGAUCAAAGGCGGCAGAAGCAGCAAAGGACAAUCCAAGAGACUCGAAACGGGAUGACCGGCAAGAUGAUUUUGAGCAUGUAGAUGACAAACAACAAGUUCGUGACGAAAAGAAAGAGAAUCGAGCACCGGAGGACGAGGGUGGUUGGUCAAAAGUUCGUCGUCAUUAAAAAUCUACAUCUAUGAAUUAUUGAAAAGUUGAUUAUUAUUGUUUACAUGGAAGAACUAAAUAGAAUUGUUCUCAUGUGAAAGUCACAAUCAACAGAGUGUUUUCACAUUGAAUGAACAAAGGAUACUUUGAAAUUUUCGAUACAUUUGGUACGUUCUAAGAAUUUUUAUUUUCUUUUUUUUUACAUUUUUACAAAAUUUUGAUUUUAUCGAGAAUUUUUUAUUUUUUUAUGCUUCGAGGCAAUAAAAAAAGAAAGAAUAUUUCACAAUAAUGUAUAAUAUUAAAAAUUUACACAAAAAAUUUGAUUAAUUGACGGGAAAGUAGUAUCUUUAACUUCAUGGUUAUAGAUUUCUAGAUUUUUCUUUCCCUCAUUGAAAUUUCACUUAAUAGAAUUUAAAGGAAACUCGAAAAAUCGAAAAUUUAUAUAACAAUUUAUACAAUUUUUUUUAUUAUACGCCAAUGUAAAUGUUCGUCAAUCAGUCUAUCGACGAUUUGCGUUUUUUCUGUUGAAUUAAGUCCCGAGGGACUUUAUGAAUUUUUCAGGAGUUAUAAAGGCACUGCAUGCUACGCACGUAAAUCUAGCAAAAAUGCAGUCUAUAGUUAGAAACUAAUUAAACUAUCUUCACAAAAAAAAAUAUAAUAAAAUAAACUUUGAUAUUCAAGGGAGCUGGAAACUUUCUUGUCAAUAAAGUUCUCUUGUAUCUAUAAAA